GGAGGGCGGAGCCUCUACGACGGGUUGGACUAGGGCAGCGCCUGUCAGUGAGGGCGGCGGGAUGGCGGCGCUUUAUGCUUGCACCAAGUGCCACCAGCGCUUCCCCUUCGAGGCGCUCAGUCAGGGCCAGCAGCUCUGCAAGGAGUGUCGUAUUGCACACCCCAUUGUUAAAUGUACUUACUGUAGAACGGAAUUCCAGCAAGAAAGCAAAACCAACACGAUAUGCAAGAAAUGUGCUCAGAAUGUGAAACUUUAUGGGACGCCAAAACCCUGCCAGUACUGCAACAUAAUUGCUGCAUUUAUUGGUAACAAGUGCCAGCGUUGUACGAACUCUGAGAAGAAAUAUGGACCACCACAUUCCUGUGAGCAGUGCAAGCAGCAAUGUGCCUUUGACCGGAAAGAUGAUAGGAAAAAAGUGGAUGGGAAGCUGCUGUGUUGGCUUUGCACGCUGUCCUAUAAAAGAGUCUUACAGAAGACCAAAGAACAACGUAAACACUUGAGCACCUCUUCCCGGACAAGCAUGCAAGAGAAGGAACAAUACGGUCGGCUUAGCAGCAGCAGCCACUACAACAGUCAGAAAACAUUAUCUACAUCUUCUAUUCAAAAUGAAAUCCCAAAAAAGAAGCCCAAGUUUGAUGCCAUAUCAGCCAAUGGGGACAGCGUUCCUUCCUCUCCCGAGAUGCUUUGCCCCCCUAUCCAGAGUGCCCCAUCCGUGUUGGUGCAGUGGGCUGCUUCCCAACAGAGUCUCGGUGCCCAUGAUUGUCCUGUUUCUCAAGGCACUGACAUCCUGAAUUUUUCUCCAGAUCUUGCCUUGGAUUCUCCUGGCACUGACCACUUUGUCAUCAUAGCCCAGCUGAAGGAAGAAGUGGCUACUCUAAAGAAAAUGCUGCACCAGAAGGAUCAGAUGAUACUGGAGAAGGAGAAGAAGAUAACUGAACUCAAGGCUGAUCUGCAGUACCAAGAAUCCCAGAUGAGGGUGAAAAUGAACCAAAUGGAGAAGACUCACAAGGAAGUCACAGAACAAUUACAGGCCAAGAACAGAGAGCUCCUGAAACAAGCUGCAGCUUUAUCCAAGGGCAAAAAGCCAGAGAAGUCAGGAACGAUAACCUCCCCUUAAGCACAACAUGGGAACUCCUCCCACGCUAAGGAGUCUCUCUCUUUUGGAACCCAAGGUUCUGCGGAAUCUUUCCAGAACCUCACUUUGAUAUUGCUAUGGAUGCAAUGGAAAUCUCUCUGUGUGGCCAUUCGGUAGCAUGCUUGAGUGUUGGGUUUUAAUAUCUAGUUCUCCUGUCAUCAAACAGUGAUGAGGUUGGUUGUGGGGCACGUUUUCCACUACCAGCAUCUUUCAGACCCUUGAACAAACACUGUCAAUGUAGAGAUUUUCUUAUUCAGUUUGAUCAUUGCUGUCAUCCAAUUUGUAAGGAAACAGAGACUAUGGAAUAGGAUGCCUUGCAAUUUCAGUUGCUUUAUCUUUUUCCAUGUAUAUCGAAAUGGAAGCCAAUUUUAAUGUUCUAUUUUCAUUUAGCAUUUUAAAGGGAAGCAUUUAACUUGGCUUAUUUAUAGAGUGUUUGCAUAUUGCACCAAUAUACAUAUUGUACCAAUAUGCAAAGUACUUUGAGAUUAUUUCUGAAAUGUUUCUCUUGAGUUUGGGUUGGUUGGUUGGUUGGUUUUAAUCAAGUAGCAACCAUCUGUCUGGGUUUCAAGAGGUGUAAGGGUCUUUUGGCAAAAUAAUGGGGAACAUUCAUUGCAACGAAGGUGGUUCACUACUUUGGGAUUUUACUUAUCUUGAGUUGCAUCAUGCUAAUUUAUAUGACAUUGCUUUUUUGUUUUAGAAUAGUGCGAGGCUUGCAGGUUCUGUCUCUGAUCAAGAUUUAGCUGCUUUUUCUCCUGUCCUUUCACUCUGUAUUAGGAGGUGGAGGAGGAGAUGAGUCUUUGGAUGGAAUGUGGGGUGAGGCCCCUCCCAAGGAACUUAGUGUAACCUCAAUAGCAACAAGGCACCACCAUGCACAUGUUCUAGAGAGCCGAGCAGAGAACAGUAGCAGUACAAAAAGUCAUUUGGGGGACCUCUGAGUGAAGAUGGACGUUCUCUGACAGUGACCAUGGCUUCGCAGGAAACGGAGGCUUUCAGGAGCUCCAGUAAGGUCACGGAGAAACUAAACUCCUAACCCCUGUUUUUAUUAGCGGAGAGACAUGAGAUGAACUCUGCAGGUGUUUGGGCCCUGCCCUGAAGGCAUCUCUUGGGAAAUGCAGGUUUUCAAAUGUAGCUGAGAACUUGGUAAGUAAGUGUCUGGCCGGGUUACUCCCUUUUGCAGAGUCUAGUCUAAAGAGAUGGCUCAGAAGGAAAGUCUCUGCUGCAGACACACACACCUAACACAGCAAUCCGAAAGGAGAAAUUUGGCCUUUUUAUAAGGUGAGGGAUGUUAGCUGCAGCUAGGUUUAUACAUACACACACAUUUCUUCAAUAGCACUUUGAAGACCUACAAGCCUUGAACGUGGAAGAAAGGAUAUUGAAUUGAAUGCUCUGCUGUGGGUUAUUUAUUUGUGUUUUGUUUUUGCUCUCCCCACCCCCCACCCCCGCUUUAUUUUCCUGGAGAGGAAAAUUUUCCUCCAUGUUUAAAAAAUGUUGCACUUGGGAGGAGUGUAACAGCAGAAACCUACUUUUUAUACUUAAAACAUUUUUAGGGAAAACUGAUUCGUAGACACUUUAAAAUAGGUGGGAAUGGUUUUAAAGACAAGGACAAUGAUCUUUCUGUAAAUAGUGUCUUUUUUUCUCAAUUGUGACAACUUGAUCAUGAAUUUAAGUGGGUGAUUUAUAGUAACACUGUUUUUUCUUUCUAUGUUUGUAACAUUGGCGAUCUUAAAGAGAUGCAUUGAUUUGUAUAAAACAAAUGUAAAAAGGUGUGUUUUUGGGGGAGGGGGCAGAAUAUUUCAAUGGCUUCGCAUUUUGAUAUUUUGUCUAUGCCUUUCUUGGUCAAGUCAACGAAGAGAACCCAUAUUUUCUCUUGACUUGGGCCCGAUCAGGCACAGGCCUUUGGCGUGAAGCACAAAGAGCUUUUGGUGCUACUGUGGAAUCUGAUGUACGUAGGGGAAUUAAACAGUAUUUUCUGUAA